ACAUGGGUGCGCUGUGUUCACAAGAAAGCUGCGGUCGCGUGCCAUAUCCUUUUAGGGAAAUGACAUCAUUUUCGCUUCACGCUGCUGUGUCUAAUGGAAACGCGGUAGAUUGGAACUUGAAAGUCUGAAAAUUUGUAGUCUUGGGAGGUGUCAAGUGGAUUUUGAAACGUGACCCGUCUCGAAUAGAAUCUUAUAUGGCUGCCCCAGCCUUGCAACAGCCCAGUUUUCUUCUGGCCAAUCUGAAAGUUGACUCGACCACCAAACCUUUUCUCCAGCGGUGCCAGGAGCUGGUGAAGGUCAUUGAUGACUACCCUGCAAAGGAGCUGCACCUGAUCUUCCCCUGGCUUGUAGAGAGUGUUUUUGGCAGUCUGGAUGGGGUCAUCAUGGGCUGGAACCUGCAAUUCCUGCAGGCACGCAGCAAUGAGUACAACAUCGUCAUGGACUUUCUCGAUCCUAGUGGGCCAAUGAUGAAGCUUGUGUACAAGCUUCAAGCAGAGGAGUACAAGUAUGAAAUACCUGUCAGCUUUCUCCCUGGUCCUGUAAAGGCAUCUAUACAGGAAGGUGUCCUCCCAGAUUGUCCACUUUUUCACAACAAGCUGCAGUUUCCUCUGUCUGGUCUCCAGACACUCAGCCUGGCGCUCAAUCCAUUUGAAUAUUACAUGUUCAUAUUUGCUUCCAGUCUUAUCACACCAAAGAACUACCCUCUGGGCCAGCAUGUGAGCAGCUUGGACAAUGCGUACUUUGUGCUUGUGGACACCUACCUCAAGUACUUCCUCCCUACAGAGGGCAGCGUUCCUCCCUCUCCAUUCGCCGACAAUAGAGGCUCUGUGUCUCCACCUGCUCCCAGGGCUCCCAGCGUGCCUUUUGCAGGGUAUGGCAUCCACAGCACCAGCCUCCUCAAGCGCCACAUAUCCCAUCAACCCUCGGUCACUGCUGACCCUGCAGCCCAGGAGAUCUGGAGGUCAGAGGCAUUACUACAGGUUUUUGUGGAGAUCUGGCUGCAUCACUACUCCCUGGAGAUGUACCAGAAGCUGCAGUCCCCCCAGGUGAAGGAGACUUUCACCCCGACAGAGGAGCACGUUCUGGUGGUGCGUCUCCUGGUGAAGCACCUCCAUGCCUUUUCCUGCAGCCUGAAGCCUGAGCAGGUCUGCUCCUCGCCCUCGGCCCACUCCAGCCCCCUGGAAGAGUUCAAGAGGGUGGUGGUGCAGCGUUUUGUCCAGCAGAAGCUCUAUGUGUUCCUCCAGCACUGCUUUGGUCACUGGCCUUUAGAUGCCUCCUUCAGAGCGGUGUUGGAGACGUGGCUUAGCUACAUCCAGCCGUGGAGGUACACAGGAGAGAAUACCAAUCCUCAGACAGACCAGAACAAAGGUGUACCUGAGAAAUGGGGAUUGUUUGUUCAGGAGAACCUGCUCAUGUACACAAAGCUCUUUCAGGGCUUUCUCAACAGGGUGGUACGCAUAGACCUGGUCAACGUCAAAAAUGCAUUAAUGGUCUUCAGGGUGGCCAAAGUCUUUGCUCAGCCAAACCUAUCAGAGAUGAUUCAGAAAGGAGAGCAGCUGUUUCUGGAGCCGGAGCACGUCCUCCACCAUCGGCAGCACCGGGUCUUCCUCACGCCAAGCCAUGGUGGCAGCUUCCUGUCUGCCCGGCAGUCCGUGGUGACAGACGGGGUUUUCAGGGUGAAGAGCCACGUGUACGGCCUGGAGGGCCAGGACUGCCAGUACAAACAGAUGUUCGGCACAGAGCUGAGGGGCGCGGUCCUGAAGCUCAUUCAGAUCAUCGCCCAGGCGAGGCAGACAGCUAAGAGGAUAUCAGAUCACUCAGCUGAAGUGGCAGCCAAUAACUCCUUCAUGUCUUGGUUUGGAAUGGGCUCCCCCGACCUCAACUACACCUUCAAUGGAGGAGAGGUGGAUGACACUGGAGAAUGUGUCAAGAAGACCCACGAGUUCCUGGAGAGGUCACUGGACUACCUCUGUCAGAUAUUUCGUCUGAAUGCAGGGCAGCUUUCUCAGCUGAUGGCAACCCUGGGCUCUGGUCAGGACGAUGGGAACUCCAGGCAGCUACCAGACUGUGUUCAGGGUGAGAAUGGACUCAUCCUCACAGACCUGGGCCGAAUGCAGAUCAUCAAUGGACUGCGUAGAUUUGAGAUUGAGUACCAAGGAGACCCAGAGCUUCAGCCCAUCAGGAGCUAUGAGAAUGCCGUCCUGGUCAGACUGUUUUUCAAGAUCUCGUCCCUGGUGAAUGAGAGGUUCGGAGGUCACAUGGAAGUUCUGUGCUCGCGGCAGGACUUCCUGGGCCGGUUGGGACGACACUACCUGGCCAGCCCCGAGGUCAUGGCGGACGGCAGGCAGAGGAGCCCAGAGACACGGCGAACAGCGGAGAGGAACCGACGGCCGAGGCUAAGUCUGCGCACACUGGCAAGCUACAGAACCCUGCUGAUGCUUCUAUUUCUCUACCUGUUUGGGGUGCUGUUCUCAUUCGGGCCCAUAUCCAGCACACUGCUCAUCCUUACAGGCGGCUUUCUCUAUGGACUCUUCAUAACCCUGUUUGGAGAUAAACUCAAGUCCCAGUAGCAGGGGAAUGAAAAGGCUUUUUUUGCCACAUGCCUUUGCUUGGCCAUCUGUUAUGAUAUAUUCAGUCCCUUUUUAUUCUUGUAAAUAAAUACAAGUGCAUUGCUUUUCAGAUGAAGUUUGCUUAAUCUUUUUUUUAAGCAGUUUUACUGAUUGACAGUUGUAUGAUUUAAUAUUCUAACAAAAUAUUGAAUGUUUUUCAAUUGAACAUUGAAAGGAUGGUGGUGAUUAUCCUCAAACUACAAGAUUGACCGGUGUAAUAAAUAGUUACAUGAGUCUUGCACUAGUAUUUUGAAUUGAUGAUAAUCAUUUAACUGAAGAUGGUAUUCUUUGCCUUUAUCGUUUUUGUAUGAUUGCUUGUCUGUAUGUGUGAGCUUGCAAAGACGACAGAAAUGUAGUUGUACAAUGUUGCAUUCGAAUGACAGAUGUAUUUCCCGCCACCGAUUGAGACAGUCUGGUUGUCAUGGCAACGUAUGCAGGCGUUGCGGUCCACUAAAGACAGGUGAGAGGAAAAAUAAAUCGUAAGUGCACAUGG